AUGGCAAAACGCAAGAACGAAGCCGAGAAGGCAGAGGGUCAGCAGCCCCAAAAGGCUGCUACCAAAGCCGUGUUGGAUCCCAACUACCGAGAGAAUUCAUCGUAUAGAUCACUGACCCGUGCUUCCAGGAUAUUGCAGAACGCCACGGCCUCCCCUCUCCUACGUUUGCUGCCUCUAGAGAUCCGUAGAAAGAUAUAUACCGAAGUGCUAGGGCACAGGCUCAUCCAUCUCAAGUACCUCCACGAUGACGAUUGCGAGUCACGGAGCGACGCGUCUUCUACCCCUUUCGACGUUGAAAGAAAGGCUGUUUUUGCACAAAAUCAUUGGUCCCUAUUGGUCUGCGACCCUGAUGGUCCGCGCAGUAAGGAAGAGUCCAAGUUGGUCGACUUACUACCCAAGGGACUUUCAAGCUUGAGUUGGCAACUUUGCAAUCGAAAUCUCGGUCUAGGUAGCCUUUUCCCUAGGAACGUGCCUUUUGAAGAGCAAGACGGAAGAAUAUACCCCAGGGAGAUGCAUCUGGGUUUACUCCGCACUUGUAGGCAGGUCUACACGGAAGCCAACCAAAUACUAUGGUCUACAAACACUUUUUCUUUCAACGAUGCCACUACGUUCGAGCGCUUCAUGGAGACUCGGGACUCGUUUCAGAGAAGAACCGUGCAGAAACUUCGAUUGGUAAUCCACUGGACGUUUGAAGGGGAAAGAGAGUGGAAUCCUGCUAUAAGGCUACCUCUCAUCAGAUCUUUGCAGAGACUGCGGCGUCUGGAAUUGCUCAUUGGCCAUGAGAUGGACACUGAGUCAUACUCGAAAUUCAAGAACGGACAUGGGCUGGAUGCGCCCUUAGAGACUCGUUUCGCGGAAUUUUUGCGGAAGCUGUCCGUCUUGCCUUUGAAUUCGGUCCAUGUCAAGGUUGUCUCAGAGGAUAUGCACCCUGCCGGGCCGUUGGUAUCACUCUGGACAGAAGAAGAUCAACUGGAAUCUGCCAAUGUCCUACGGGCGAGGCUGAUGAAUCCGGACAGCGCUGACAAUCACAUCCGAGUUCAGCAAGAGCUCAUAGAGAAGCAGCAUCGCUGUGCUUCAACAUUGGGGUAA